AUGCGACCCGCAGGAUACGAUAUCAUGGUCGACGGCCUGCCCGUGGCAGUUGCACUCGUCCACCGGCCCAGUCCACACACCUACGCCGCACUCGGCGCGCAUCGGGCGCGCUAUGCCGAGAAGAGGCGCGUAUUGAGGGAGAUGGAGACGGAGGAGAGGCUGGACUCGACGAUCGAUGACAUCGACGCGAUGUACAUCGAUCACCGGCCCUCGAAACGUUCCCGCGUCUCUUCCAUGUCAACUUACGAUGACGACGACAAGGAGAACGCCGUCGCGAAGGGCCAGUGGGCCGCGACGACAGCCCAACACGACGCAAUGUACGAGCGCUUGCUCGACUCUGCUCGCUGGACAGCGAAGGUUCGCGGCGGGUCCCAGUACACCUAUACCCGUGCCUCGUCACCUGUCUCGGACCGGACGUCUUCCCCGCCACCCUUUGACUGCGGCCACCUCGUCGCCGCAAGAUGGGACGCGCCUAUGGAAGAUGAUUACGUCGAUGACGCCUCCGCAUCCGACGAAGACGAGGAUUCGUCGGAUGAAGACCAUUCAUAUCCAUAUUCGUACGACCGCGAGCACGAGCACGAUUACCAACGCGCGAACCCAACCUCCGUUCCGCCCUUCAUUCCGCUGUCUCCUUCGCCGGGUGCACAAGCACAAGCUCAAAGUUCUCCGUCGAACCUCAUCCAACCGAACCAGUUCUCCUGGGCGCCAAUCGAAGACGAGGCGCAGCGCGUCGCGGACCGGCUCGAGAUGACGCAUCUCGCCGGACGCUUCGCUGCUGAGUUUGGGAGGGAGAUUGACCAGGCCAACGCUUUCUGGCGCGGGUCAUCGUGA